CUGCCGAUGACAGAUAUAAAACGUUCGAAUGGAAUUUAAAACGUGCAGAAGGUGGUAGUUUAUAUAAACAGUGUGAUCUUGGAUUAUGCGAUCAAAAUCGAAUAGGCGGAGCUGAUAAUAGACAAUUGGCAGCUGAAGGGGAAUUAAAAUUUGACGAAGAG